GCAAUACAGAAUAUGUCAUUGCCGGGGGCUGUAGGGCUUAGCCGAGUGACGCAGCGUUUAACUUGGAGAACAACUGAAGCGUCUCUGUCUGCUGGCUUCCUGCUGGGGAAAUAAGGGGGAAAGUUUCCAGCGCGCGAUAUUAACCAACCUGGACACAUUACGAGAAAUUGCGAAUAUUUCCAGUAGAAGGAGUUAAAAGUAACUUGACACCUCAACUGUCUGCAAAAUAUCAGAGAACCACCAAAGUUAAUACAUGGCUUGUUUGAGUAGCGGCGCUGCCGACGCCAGGCGCUCCGACUAGGCUGCGGGGAACGUGCGCUUCGCUCGGCCUUUUAGCAAACAUGAGGAUUCUGCUGGCCGUGGCUGUUCUUCAACUGCUGCCUCUUCCAUCACUUCUGGCACCCGGUGCUGAUCACUGGGAGGACUGGGGGCAGUGGGGACAGUGCAGCCGCAGCUGCGGUGGCGGCGUGGCCAUGAGGACACGGCGAUGCAUCACGCUCAGGUCAGAUGGGGGAUUCAGUUGUGUUGGACCUUCCAUAUCCCAUCGUUCUUGCAACAUCCAGGACUGUCCUGAAGGAUCCAGGGACUUCCGAGAGGAGCAGUGUGCGCAUUUCGACGGAAUGGAUUUCCAGGGAAAGCACUAUAAAUGGCUGCCAUACUACGGAGGGGAGAAUCCAUGUGAACUUAACUGCAUCCCCAGAGGGGAGAACUUCUACUAUCGUCAUCGCAUGGCAGCGGUGGACGGAACGCCCUGUCACCCUGGGCGCAGGGACAUCUGCGUGGAUGGGGUCUGCAAGCGGCUAGGCUGUGACAACAUGCUAGAAUCACCCCUUGAGGAGGAUCCUUGUCUCCAGUGUGGGGGGAACGGACAGUCCUGUCAGCUGGUUAAGGGCACAUUUUCUAUGCAUAACCUCCCUACAGGUUACAAUCAGAUGGUCAUCAUUCCUGUGGGAUCCACCACCAUUCGAGUUCGAGAGAUAGUCGCUACUCGCAACUACUUGGCUAUCAAGAAUCUGCGGAACGAGUACUAUCUGAAUGGGGACUGGGUCAUCGAUUACUCUGGUGCAUUACCCAUUGCUGGGACCACGUUCUAUUACCAGAGAGGCACGGAAGGGGACAUGGCACCAGAAACUAUUACGGCUCGGGGCCCAACUACUGAACCCCUGGUUAUUGAGCUGAUCAGCCAGGGUGAAAACCGUGGUGUGGAGUAUGAGUACUUCCUGUCCCAGAAUCAUUCCAGGGAAGGUUAUUUCUGGAGUUACGGUUCAUGGUCUGAGUGUAGUAAGGACUGUGGAUCAGGAUACCAGUCUCGCCUGGUGUUCUGUGCAUUCGAUGACGAGGCUUACCCAGACUAUCUGUGCUCUGCCCUUCCACGACCUGCUAGCAAUCGGACCUGCAACCUGCAGCCAUGUCCACAGAGACGCAGGAUGGCGUACGUGUACCGGCCGCAAAUGUGGAGGCCCUUGGAAAGGCCCAGAACAUUGGUCUACAGCUGGAAGAUGGGUGAGUGGAGCACCUGUUCCGCUUCGUGUGGCGGAGGCACCCAGUCCCGCAGCGUGCAGUGCCUUUCCCAUGAUGCAGUGGGCUCCCGCGUGGUUGAGGACUCUCGCUGCGCUGCAUACCUGCCGGAGCCUCUCAGCCAGCAGUCCUGCAACUUGCAGCAGUGCGCUGAGUACAGCGUCUCACACUGGACCCAGUGUUCAGUCACGUGCGGCAGAGGGGAGCAGACCCGCAGAGUGACGUGCGCGGGAGCAGGUGGGGUGCAGCUCGCUGAUUACGCCUGCAGAGGUCUGUCACGCCCCCCCCACGUUCAGCCCUGCCACAUGCCUGCCUGUUACCACCACAUCUCCUGGCACAUCGGAGACUGGGGUCUGUGCUCGAAAAGCUGCGGCUCAGGAUUACGGGAACGCCAGGUGAUCUGUUCGGACACGGAGAGGAACUUGUACACGGCGGAUCGGUGUGACACCCGCGCCAAGCCUCCCACACUGGAACCCUGCAAUACCCAGCCCUGCUACAGUGCGCAGUUGGUGCCCAGCAUGCAGGACCCCAGAGGCUACGACAACACCCUGCAUGGAUUUCUGCCCUUCGUCCCUGAGGCCCCCACAACAGUCCAUAGGCAGGAGCACAGAGACACGUCAUACACAAACACGGUGUCUGACCCCCUGAGCGGGGGCUCGCACUGCUCUCAGUCAUCUUACGGCUGCUGUCCCGAUGGCUAUACCCCCGCCAGAGGGUACAAUGGCGAAGGCUGCCCAGAGCAGGACUGCAGACAAAGCAGGUAUGGCUGCUGUGACGAUGACGUUUCUGCAGCACAGGGUCCCAACAGAGAAGGAUGCAUGGAGUACAGCGUGAGCCGCUCUUUGGGUAAGACCCCUACCCCGGGAGAGCUCAGUGAGCAGUGCCGAUCUGCCACCUUCGGGUGCUGCUAUGAUCGGGUGACGUUAGCCAGCGGCCCCAACGGAGACGGCUGCCACAGUCCGCCUCUCGAUGCUCAAAGGCCAGCCUGCUCCCUGCCCUACGCCCAAGGCCCGUGCAGUGACUGGACAGCCCGGUAUUACUAUGACUCACACACCAGUACCUGUCUCCACUUCUGGUAUGGCAGCUGCCAGGGCAACCGGAACAACUUUUUGGCGAAGGAGGAGUGCGAAAGGGAAUGCCACAGCCACAGCCAGGGCCAAGGGCAGCCGCGCCUUUUCCAGGUGUCAGGAAGGAGGGAGUCGACGCCCAGCCACGGACGGGACAUGAGGCAGCUAUUCACCGUCAACCGAGGCUCGGAUUCAGGUAGCAGACAGGAAAGCAGUGCCGCUACACAAGCUCACCAUCAUGGCCACCUCCCUGUCCCCAGCAAGCUCCAGCACACCUAUCCCACGGCGAGCCUUGGUGUGAGCAUUGAUCAGUCAGACCCCUCCUCGAUAGAGGGGCGUGUGGGACAGACUGUGAUACUGCCCUGCCAGGUCACACAUCCGCCUUCCUCCACCAUUGUGGUAGAGUGGAGAAAAGAUGGAAAUGCCAUCUCAAACUCCAGGUAUCAACAGCAACCGAAUGGUUCUCUAUUGGUGGGACCCCUGACCAUGCAGGAUUCGGGUUGGGUGCUUUGUGUCGCCACAAGGGGGCGAGAGAGAGACCACCGCUACAUUUACCUUUCUGUGUCCGAAGAAUCUUCUCCGAAUAUGCAGAGCAAUAAUUACAAAGAUGGUGUGGAGAGUCAAGCGUCAGAGGUCAUUCAACCAUCCAUCAUUCAAACACCCAAGCAGAGCUCCCACAGGCUUAGUAUUGAUCAAUCAGACCCCUCAUUAGUGGAGGGUCGGAUGGGCCAAACAGCCAGGCUCCCCUGUAGACUCUCCCACGCAGCCUCCAUGCGCUCUGUCACCAUUUCGUGGAGCAGAGAUGGACAGACCAUGAACUCAUUUAGACACAUUCAGCAAUCUGAUGGAUCCUUGACAAUUAAUCAGCUGACCUCUGAAGAUUCUGGCAUCUAUACCUGCACUGUUUCUAACCACAACCAUAAAGAUGAGCGACAGUUGCAACUCAAAGUGUUAAGGGAUUUGAGGAUCACGACAGCGCCCAAUAACAUCCAAGUCUCUAGGGGCAGCACAGCACAGCUGCCUUGUGUCGUCUCUGGAGACAACGUCAGCAUUGGAUGGUCAAGAAAUGGAGUACCAGUGCGACCAAAUGGCCGUAGUAUCCAGGUGUCCUUAGAUGGGAGUCUGAUUCUGAACAAUGUACAGCCAUUGGAUGAAGGGUCGUAUACCUGCAACGCCUACACUGGUACCUACUCAGUCAGCGCCACGGCCGAGGUGCGGGUUACCAAGGAUCUACAGUCAGGAUUGGCUGCAGGAGAAGGUAUCUCUUUGGAUUGCACGGACCAGCCAGAGUUAGCAAACUGUGACCUGAUUGUGUAUGCCCGUCUGUGCUCGAAUCAGUAUUACUCCAGUUUCUGUUGUGCUAGCUGUGCUCGGCACGCAUAGGGCAGCGAGGGAGCUGGCAGACUGUGUGUAGCGAAGGUGAACAGAAGCCAUAGCCUUGGGACUCAAGCUUAAGGACCAAAAGCAGACACAGCACAUCUGCUUCACUUGCUUACAAGGUUAUUUAAAAACCGAAUCAUAAAUAUCAUGUUUAAAUUGGAAAUAAAACUGAGAUGGAUUAAUUUUCCAUACUGUGUAACACUCAUAUUUUUAUGUUAAUAAAUAUUAUAAUAGUAGAUAUACCUGUUGGAGUGAGUGAAUUUUUUUUUGGAUAUUUUUACUGUUAUGUAAUUUUAGUCACAUGAAUUCUUUCUGUUUUCCCAUCAGAAAAAUGAUUAUUAGUGCCUGCCUGAUCCUGCUAUACUUUCUGUCUCAGCUGUUUUCAAUAUUAACGCUUUUUCACAAUUUUCUGAAUCCUGUAUAUUUUCUUACGAAGAUGCAGAAAUGCAAACGACAGGUUUUUGUCAAGUGGUUGCUUUUCUUUGAUUAUCCAGAUUUUUCCCCAGUUCAUCUAUCCAUUUUUUGAGAUGAAGGUCUUAAUAUGUCAGCUUUACACGCCGUUUGUUUUUCAGGUUCAGCGAUAAAGACAUUAUCCUAAUAGCCGAUCAGAUCUGAGCAUGUUUUAAUAUGAGGUUUCAAAUAGGGCCUGACAAACGUCUCGGUAUCAUUCCAGUUUACUCUGAGGUUACUUGAUGUGAUUUUUUCAUUUGUAAUGUUUAUAGUGUACCAGUGCCUUUUCCUGAACCCCAGUUUCAGAAACAUUGGUUAUAAAAGUUAAUUCUGUAAUUAAUAAUUCUGGAUUAUUAUUUAACUUAAUUAUGAACUUAAUUAUGAAGUUGGUUUAAAAAAAAAAAAACUACACUCUUCACAGGCUGCUUGUUGUAAUCAAACUAGCUUGACUGAUUACGUGACAGAUACUGUAUGCAUUCGGUCAUUUAAGUCCACAGUCUUUACCAAGUGUGCUUAACUAAUUGCUGUAUCUAAAAUGGUUCUUAAAUUAAUUGUUUUACUGCAUAUUUUUGUGUAAUUUGUGAAAUGAAGUAAAUAUUUUCAUUAAAAUAUCAGGCAUUUUCCUUGUA